AGAGGACGGACGGACCUUGACAUAUAGAUCACCUCUAUGUUUUUCUUGUCGUGAUUGUCUGUGCUGCAUGCUAAACAUUGAAGUGACGUCGACUAUACCCUUCCAGCAGCUGUGUUGAUUUGCAAAGAUGUUUAGUUCGUCGCGCGUAUUUUCACUAUCUACUCGUCUAUCUAAACAGAUACACAGAUUACAACGACAGCAGAAAGUCAUUCAGGCAUGUAACAGUUGUAUACAACGGGCUCAAUGCACAUUACCUGGUCCACAUGAAGACAAAUCCUACUCUCCAAAGAUCCAAAACCUUGUGGAAAACAUUGGUCAGCUGACUCUGCUUGAAGUAGCAGAACUUAAUGAACUAUUGAAGAAAACUUUGAAGAUUCAAGAUGCUCCAAUUAUGUCAAUGGCUAGUGCUGGUCCUGCACCCCCAGUUCAGGAGGAAGAGGAGGAAGUCAAAAGCUCAAGGGAACAGACAUCAUUUGAUGUUAAGUUAAAGGCUUUUGAUGCUGGUAAAAAGAUUGCACUUAUUAAAGAGAUCAAGAGUAUUUGUGGCCUCAACUUAGUACAGUCAAAGAGUUUUGUUGAGUCUACACCACAGGUGGUGAAAUCGGGCAUCUCUAAAGAUGAAGCAGAAAAAAUGAAGGAAGCAUUGGAGGCUGUCGGAGCAUCAGUGGAAGUUAUGUAGAGAAAUUGAGCGGACUGAUGACUAACAUUGAUUCACUUAACAAUUGGUAUUUUCACUCUAGUAUGAAAUUUGAAUAGUUGUGAAAUUGUGAUAUAAAAUUGACUUGUAUUGAU